CGUUUAGGUAUUAUACUGCGUAUGUGUACAGAGGAGCCAUUAUGGCAGGAGAGCAACGCGUCGCUCGUUUGGCUUUUCACGUAAAUGUGGAUUACCGCGAAGAGGCUAUGUCCCAGUGUUUUAUAUACACGCGCGCUGUGUCUGUGUGUAUACGAGCCGAGCGCAUGCGCUACUCUUUUUCUUUUCGAGUUAAUUAGCAUUUCUCAUUACGAACUUGCGCGCGCGCUGGCCAGAUUGCGCGAGGCGUUAUUAAAAUGUGUGCAUUCUCGGCCGCUGCUUCGCCAAGUACCUUCCUCGAAAACGUUAUAUACACACACGUAAUAUAUAUAUACACACACACUGUAUAAGAGAUGGCCAGCAUGGACGAAAGAGAGCUACGUGCAUAUACGACGAUUGCAGCCGCUUUUACGAGAGAAUAUAACGAAGUCGCGCAAUUUUAUAUAAAAUUGAGACAAAAAAAUUACGAAAUAUUUCCCGCAUCGGAUAAUGGAAGCAUUUGAAAAUGCGCGCGAGCGCUGCGAAGAGGAAUUAGUUGAGGAUGUUAAUUAAUUUCUCUCUCUCUCUCUCUCUCUCUCUCUCUCUCUCGCAACGCGAACUCGCGUCGAUUAUCGUGUGCCGUAAAAGCCUGCGCGCGCAGCGCGUAUAUAUGAAAAAGGACGUAAAAUUAUUGAAUAAGCGAUUGCGCAGAGGGAGAGUGAGAGAAUGUAUGCUAUGCGUAUUAUAUAUUUGUACCUAUAUACAUCGGUGCCCAGAGCGAAGAAAAAGAGAGAUAACUCGUAACUAUAUUACAUAUCGAAAAUCGCAACAGAUCGCCGAAAAAUAUCGCGAUCGCUCGAGAUUUACACAACAGCUAUUGAUCGGAAUCGAUCGCAGCUUAUUAUUAUCUCUCGAUCCAGGGGGUCAACAUCGGACACACACACACACACACACACACACACAAACGUGCGAGUCUAUCUAGAGAAUGGGUCACAUACAACAGUAGGUGUCUAUACCGAUUUUCUCCGCGCGAUAAGCCCCUUGUGUUUUCCACACGCCGCCGCGACCUUCUAUGCAGCAGCGGCAGCAGAGCGGCGGUGGCAGAGCCGAUUGCGUUAUGGUCUCAACUCGCUCUUUGGCGCUAGGAUAUAAAAGAGCGACGGACCCGAGGCCUCGGCGAGAAACGCAUCAAACAUGAAGUAUUUUUCGUCGUUGCAGUUACCACUCUACGGAUCCGGACUGCUGCUCGCGGUACUGCUUCUGGCCUGCGGCGUUGUUCACGGUGGCUACGCUCCGUGGAAGUCCUCCGGCGGCGGUGGCGGCGGCGGCGGAAAGAUUAUCAAGGUGAUAACCGUCAGCGGAGGUGGUGGAGGUUGGCCGUCUUCCGGGUGGAGCAGCGGCGGAGGCGGAGGAGGAUGGAAGUCCUCCGGCUGGAGUAGCGGCGGAGGAGGAGGAGGUGGUUGGAAGCCGUCCGGAUGGAGCAGCGGAGGAGGAGGGGGCUCUGGAUGGAAACCAUCGGUUUGGAUCAGUUCCGGAGGCGGCGGUGGUGGUGGAUGGCCCAGCGGUGGAUGGAAGUCGGGCGGAGGCUCUGGAUGGUCAAGCGGCGGCGGUGCUGGUGGAUGGCCGAGCAGUGGAUGGAGCUCCGGUUCGUCAGGUUGGUGGGACUAAGGACGAGGAGGAGGCUGAGAGAGGCGAAGGAGAACGCGACGAGCGGAAUGAGAAAAAGCAGUAGCCUGCUGCUGCCGACUACGACGACGACGACGACCAGCACGACUAUAUACGACGGCGGGUGAGCUGCUGGCACAUCGCAUUCCCGGCGCCGUGGGCGACGUUUCUUUCCACACCGUAAAACUCUGUAUAAAAAUUUCACUUGCUUGAAUAAAAAGAGCAGAAAAAGUA